GACCGCGCCCGGUGGAAGGCUUUGAGAUCACAAACGUGACGGCCAGUGCCAUCACGGUGCAGUGGGCUCUCCACCGGCUCAAGCACUCCACCGUCAGUAGGGUGCGGGUCUCCAUUCGCCAGCCCGGAGACCUGGCUGAGCGCACUGUGGAGCUGAACAGCAGCGUGGCCCAGUACACCUUCCUGGACCUGCAGCCAGGAGAGAGGUACAUCGUCCACGUCACGACACUGAGUGGCCUGGGGAUGGAAGACCACCCCUCGGAGAGUCUGGCCACGGCUCCCUUCCACGUGUGGACGAAGCCUCUCCCACCCCAAAACCUCACCACUUCCCGCGUCACUGCCACCACUGUGUCCAUGGCAUGGGAGCAGCCGCCUGCUGGCACUGUGGAGGGGUACAUCAUCAAUGUCACUACUGCUCAGAGUGUGAAGAGCCGCUACGUGCCCAACGGGAAGCUCAUGUCCUACACGGUACGGGACCUGCUCCCCGGGCAGCAGUACCGCCUGUCUGUGACGGCUGUGCAGAACACAGAGCAAGGCCAAGUGCACAGCGAACCCAUCCACCUCCACAUCACCACCUUGCAGAGGGAUGGGGCUCUGGAGCGACGGUGGAGCCAAGCUGGACACCCCCGAGUCCUGCGCAACAGGCUGCCCCCAGCUUUCCUGCCCGAACUGCGCUUGCUAGCGGAUCACGACACAGCCGAGGAGCCCUCGCCAGCACCCAGGUUCACCGAGCUGGUGGAUGGCAGAGGGAGGAUCAGCGCCAGGUUCGGCACCGCGCUGAGCAAAUCCAUCACUGUGAAGACACAGCCAGAGGCUCCAGUGAAGCUGGAGAACGUGGAGGUGUCCAGCCAGGGCAGGCUGGCACUGCAGCUGCGUGAGGCCAAGAACAAGAGCGAGGGGCAGAACUGCUCCACAAACCCCUGCAGGAAUGGAGGCAGCUGUACCAGGGACACCAAGUCCUACCACUGCGACUGCCGCCCGGGAUUCAAGGGCCAGCUCUGCGAGCUGGCCUGCAAGAAGGUGCCACACUCGUGCACACGGCUGUACUCGGAAACCAAGUCAUUCCCUGUGUGGGAAGGAGGCACCUGCCACUACCUGUACAGGAGAGUCUACAAGGUACACCAGGACGUCUGCUACAAGGAGAACUGCGAGAACACUGGGUCCGAGAAGCCAACCAGCAGAAAACCAAACAACAGUCACACACUGAAGAAGCCAUAG